AUGGCUCUGAAAGCAUUCAUGUCACUUGCCGUGCUAGUGCGGCUCAUUGCUGCACGGUCUUGUGAGACCAAUGGUUCUGGCUGUGCCGUUCAAGGACCUGCCCUGUUGCAGCGCCAUCAUGCCCACGUGGAGAGUUCAGUCCAUGCUGAGACACGCGGGGGCCAUGCUGAGACUCGUUACGGAGCAGGCGAAACCCCUGGUGACAAGAUCAUUUCAGCGGUGGACCAGUGCCUGAGCGGCCGAGUGGCAAGUGCUGUCGGGGAUGAGAAGACGUUGCGGCGCCUGCACCUUGUCCGCACAGCGGAGAUCUUGACGAGGCUCCUGGAAUCCAACCUCAGCGUCUCGGUGCUCGGGCCUGGCUGGAUCGACUCGAUCGACUUUCAGCCCGUGAUCGACGCGGCACUCGUUGCCGGCCGUGAUGCGGCUCUCUUUCUGGCCCGGGAGGAGUUCGAGGAAGCGAUCGCAGAUUCCCUUGGCACCUCAAACUUAACAGAGGGAACGAUUCAGGAUUUCGCCAGCAAGAUUACACGCAUGGGGGAACUUUGUGGCCAGGGAGACGAGGCUCAGGCGCUUGCACGUGAUGAAGUGGAGCUUCUUUCAGGCAACAUCAGCAUCGAUGAGUCUCGUCUUGCGAUGGAAGUUGCUGAGUAUGUUGAAAACCUUUGUCGCUCAGAAGUCUUGGAUGUGGACUUCUUUGUCGGCAAGCUGGUCAUGACACCAGACUGCAGUCAUCUCAUGGACACUUCGCUUCUGUCUCACAUGACGCGUGAGACCCACAAGUUGGAGUACUAUGCAAAGUCGGCUCUUGUCCUCCACAGCUCAGAGAACAAGCUGGGCCAUUACUUUGUGCAGCACCUGCGUGGUGAGGUCAUGCCUGGAGAUUCCCAACUUGAGCGUGCUCUCCUGGAUGCUGCGCACUCUUCCGCACAACAGGGACAUGUCCUGUCCCAAUUGCGCUACAUUGAGGACAAGCACUUCCAACAUGUUUAUGGUAUGGCCUCAGCGAGGUACUGCGAUGCAAACGCGGAGCUUCUCCAGAAGUCUCCGGGGCACUGGAUCAGCAAGAACAGGGAGAUCCAGGACUACGUGGAUUGCCUGUGUAUCCGGCAUCUGCCAGCCCUUCUCUGUGACGCACAGCAUCGAGACGCACUCGAGAAAGUCAGACCUAUCUUGAUGGCCAAGCUGACGGAAGCAAAGGCGAAGAUGGACGUGACCACUGCGGCCACUGCGGCCACUGCACCAGUGUCACUGUUGCAAAAGACUUCGGCUGUGGGCUUUGGGCCUUGCCAGGACUCCGACGGCAAACCGACCGGCGUGGACUGCCAGCUAACCAUCAAUGGCGUCACUAUCAAUCGAGAGAAGGAGAUCCAGUUCGACCCCUACGCCAUGAUCGCCCCCUUCUUCGACCGAACGCAGAGUUGCAUCGAAGGCUCUUGCACUGCCUGCAUGGGCAUCAAGCCAGGCGAUCCUGUGGCCUUUUACCUCACGGUUGGCGCAGAUGGAGCCUGCAACGACCGUGGCAGCCUCUAUGCGGAGUUUCGCCUCUUCGCUCAAGUAGACAUGUGCCUAGGUGGCGUGAUCGGAGAGAUUGCAGAUGCGAUCGGAUGGGAUCACUGCAACACGGUGGGCACCCUGGAGUACUUCCCGUUCAUCAGUAAGAUGACCGUUGCCAUCGAGUUGCCGAUCCCUCUUCCUUUUCCUCUGAGUGUCAGGGCAUUCCUGGACUCCAAUUUGAGACUUGCCGCGCUGACCAAGGUUGUUCGGGACUAUUGCGAUGGAUUUUCCCACAGCCCCUCUGCACACUUCAACUGCCACUUCACCUUCCUCAAUGCCCAGGGCUUUACCUUCGUAGACAUCGGGGUCGAAAUUCUACUUGGAAUCAAGAUCCCAUUGCUCGGCACUAUUGGCAAGUGGGUGAAGAUUUUGGGCUUUGGCGUGGCGGAGGAGGAUAAAGCAAAGGAGAUUGCCAUGAACCGUGCGGAUGUGACUGUUGUCUUUGUUGGUAAGUCCAGCCACAAUCAGAAAUGCGGGGUGACCUACUCCAGUGUGGAUUGCGAGCCCUUCGCUGGUAACUUGGGCCACCGGGCGAAUCCUUCAGGAUCGGCGGACACCUUCGAGAUUACUCCGGGGACAACCGGCCCGAGGUCUCUGUGCAUUCGUCGCACAGACCAUUCAGCGGGCUGGGGCAUGAACCUGGAGAUCGCCUGCAAAGUCGACAACUCUCAACCAGGAAUCGGGAUCAUCACGCCCAUUGGCACGAGCAAGCAUGCAAAGAAGUGCCGGAUCCCUGAUGCGCCGGUGGAUUGUGCAGCAAAUUCUGGCAAUCCAGGCAAGCGGAUGGGCUUCGACAACCACCAGGAAGAGUACGUGGUGACGAAGGAUGGCGACUACAUCUGUGCCGAGGUUACGAACGCAAGGCGCCGCCGGCGAAGUGGAUGGAGCCUCAACUUGGCAAUUGAAUGUCCACAAAAUGGAGCGGAUUGGGACUGGAUUCCAAUGACCGUCCGUAUCGGACAAGGGCAGCACCAUUCAAAAUGUGUUUUUUCAGCCUACGAAAUGCAGUGUGACCGAAAUGCAGGAGAUCCUCACAAGCGGUUGGACCACUACAAGGAUGGGGUUGUGGACCAAUUCGACAUCACGACACAUCAUGCGGGGCGCUUUGUAUGCGCGAAGCGUAUUGAUGGUAGCCGCCGCCGCAGGGGCAGCAAGUGGGACCAAGAUCUGAAAAUCCAGUGCAGGGCCAAGAGAAAGUUUUACAAGGAUGUUCUGCAGGUCAGGAUUGGAAGCCAGCGCCGCAGACAGAAUGCCAGGUGUGUUGAAACACCGAAUCGCACUCCUGUGGAAUGCCUGAAGCAAGCUGGCGAAAGAGGCAAGCGGCUUAACUACGACAACAACGGCGACAACUUCGAGAUCUACACGCUCGCCAGUUCAGGCCAGCCGUACCGUGUUUGCGCAAAGCGCAUCGACAGAGGUGGAGGAUGGGGUUUGGACCUUAAGGUGGCUUGUGGUGUCCUGUGA